AUGAAGCUUCUAAUCUUGACUGGCUUAGUUCUACUUCUACCUAUUGUGAAUUUGCCAUCUUCUGAAGCUGGAUACAUUUUUGAUUGGUUAUGUAAAUUCCGUUAUAUAAGUUUCUGCAAAAAUAAGGAUUCGAGGACGUCUACAGUAGUAACUCAAACCACGAAAACUGAACAGAAUCCAGAGAGUAAAUGGGGAGUACUUCAAGAAGAACUGACUCCAGUGUCCUAAACGUCCCGAAGCAGCCACAUGUACGAAGAGCUUUAUCAUAAACUUAUCCCCUAGUUAAGUAUUUCUUGUUACAUGUUAAAACUGCAAUUACAUUAAAUUCUGUUUCAGUGCUGUGCAACUUUUUAUUUGGACUUUAUUUGUAUUCAUGUUAAUGACAACAUUGUUGAUUAGAAGAUACCACCCAGGUGAGACGUUUUAUAGACGACUUGUAAGACAAGAAUUUUGUUAUCUGGCUGUUUAAAUCUAUA